AACUGCACUUUCAAAAGGGCACCGUGCAAUCUGAGUGAUGCCACGACGCCUAGAUCAGAGCCGGAAAGGUGGGCGAUCCUUCGCCCCCAUCAAGCAUCCGCGCUGUUCCCCUGGAGCGGGCGGCAGCCGCUCCGCGAGCUCCAUCCGUUGGCUCCUCCCCCGCCUCACCGGCCGGGCCCAGGGAAGCCUCGGCGGGGGCUCGGGCGCCGGCCUCCCCAGCCCGCGGCCCGCGAGGCGUCAGGUCCCGGGGCGGGGCAGGCCCGGGCCGCCCAGUUCCUGAUUCUAUAAGCGGCGCCGGGGGCUGGUGGCGCCAGAGGCGCCGGGACCGCGGGCAGCGAAAGCAUGGGCCCGCGCCCCGCCGCCAGCCUGCCCCCAGGCCCCGGCCCGCGGCGGCAGCUCCUCCCCGCCGUCCUGCUGCUGCUGCUGCUGCCGCCGGCGGCCUCGGGCGCUGGGGCCGGCCGGCCGCCCCACCUCGUCUUCGUGCUAGCGGACGACCUGGGCUGGAACGACGUGGGCUUCCACGGCUCCAACAUCCGCACGCCGCACCUGGACGCGCUGGCGGCCGGCGGGGUGCGCCUGGACAACUACUACACGCAGCCGCUGUGCACGCCCUCGCGGAGCCAGCUGCUCACCGGCCGCUACCAGAUUCGCACAGGUUUACAGCACGAAAUAAUCUGGGUCUGUCAGCCCAGCUGCGUUCCUCUGGAUGAAAAGCUUCUGCCCCAGCUCCUAAAAGAAGCAGGCUACACUACCCACAUGGUCGGAAAGUGGCACCUGGGAAUGUACCGGAAAGAAUGCCUCCCAACCCGCCGAGGAUUUGAUACCUACUUUGGAUACCUCCUGGGUAGUGAAGACUACUAUUCCCACGAGCGCUGUACAUUUAUCAACGCUCUCAAUGCCACACGAUGUGCUCUUGAUUUUCGAGAUGGUGAAGAAGUUGCAACAGGAUAUAAAAAUAUGUAUUCCACAAACAUAUUUACCCAAAGGGCGACAGCCCUCAUAACUAACCAUCCACCUGAGAAGCCUCUAUUUCUCUACCUUGCUCUCCAGUCUGUCCAUGAGCCCCUUCAGGUCCCUGAGGAAUACCUGAAGCCAUAUGACUUUAUCCAAGAUAGGAACAGGCAACAUUAUGCAGGAAUGGUGUCCCUUAUGGAUGAAGCAGUGGGAAAUGUCACCGCAGCCUUAAAAAGCCGUGGGCUCUGGAAUAACACAGUGUUCAUCUUCUCCACAGAUAACGGCGGGCAGACUUUAGCUGGGGGCAACAACUGGCCCCUUCGGGGAAGAAAAUGGAGCCUGUGGGAAGGAGGCGUUCGCGGGGUGGGCUUUGUGGCCAGCCCCUUGCUGAAGCGGAAGGGCGUGAAGAACCGGGAGCUCAUCCACAUCUCCGACUGGCUGCCAACGCUGGUGACGCUGGCAGGGGGCAGCACGAGCGGGACCAAACCUCUGGACGGCUUCGACGUGUGGAAAACCAUCAGUGAAGGAAGCCCAUCCCCCAGAAUGGAGCUGCUGCAUAACAUCGACCCAAACUUUGUGGACAUUUCUCCAUGUGCUGGGAACGGCUCUGCUCCAGCAAAAGAUGACUUUUCUCUCCCAGAAUAUUCAGCCUUCAACACCUCUGUCCAUGCUGCAAUCAGAUACAGAAACUGGAAACUCCUCACGGGCUACCCAGGCUGUGGUCACUGGUUCCCUCCACCAUCUCAACACAGUGUUUCUGAGAUACCCUCGUUGGACCCACCAACCAAGACCCUCUGGCUCUUUGACAUUGAGCAGGACCCAGAAGAAAGACAUGACCUGUCCAGAGAGUAUCCCCACGUGGUCAAGCAGCUCCUUUCCCGUCUACAGUUCUACCACAAACACUCCGUGCCCGUGUACUUCCCGGAUCAGGACCCCCGCUGUGACCCCAAGGGCACUGGGGUUUGGGGCCCUUGGAUGUAGGACUUGGGGCUGCCUUGGGUGGGAGGCUGGAAGACCUUUCUGUUGCAAGUUGGACUUCGGACCUUCACUCGUGUGAUUCUCAUCCCAUUUGUUCUCCCAACCUGGCUUCACCUGGCCCUUCUCUUGCUCCGAAACCGAAUUGACGAGUCGCAUUUCAACCCCUCAUGCAUUUAAGAAGUUGACAAAAUCUAAAACACUCCUGCUGUUGGCAGGGGGUGUCCAGAGGAGAGGGUGACUGAGUUCAUGGGGCAUGCCCCUUCCAGGAGUGGGGGGCAGCUGGGAACUGGAUCUGAGGAGGAAGCUGAGUCCUGGAGCAGCUGGCUCCUGUCGCCUCCCGUCACAUGUUACAUGUCCCUCUGCCAAUGACCAGCUUUGAUCGGAGUGACUCACAUUUCUUGUAACAAGUGAAGGGAUCAGACCAUUGUUAAUGGCUCUGCUGGCCAGGGGGGCUCCCUGUCUGUGAGAGAUCAUGUGCAGGCCUUCCGUGUGCGUCACCCUCCGUGGUCACCCCGCGCCCACUCACCUCAUCACUCGCCCCGUCCUGGAGGGCAAGGCCCAUUCCACUGCCGAGGCCAGCAUGGCAGUAGGCCCGCCGCUUGGUUCUGGUCUUUACAACAAAGAACUGUGUCUUUAUUCCCAAGUUUUACCCCAGUCGUUGCUCAUUUUCUGUAGACUUCCUGCCACCCCAGCUCCCCUGUGGUUUUCUUCCUCCCCUUCCUUUCGACUCGGGCCUCCUGUGCCUGCGAAGCCUGCUCUGCUCUCCGCUCUGAGCGCCGCUGGUUUGGGCACUCGGACCUCUGCCUUCCUUUCGACCCCAGCUCCCAAGUGAGAGCCCUGCCCAGAUGGUGGCCGGCCUGGCCCUGAGUGUGCUCGUGGUGGACGUGAAGAGGCCUGGGCAGGUGAGCCUUGGGUUCGUGUCAUCUGUCUGGUGAGGAGUUUUCUAGUAACAUGGAGUUGAUCAUCAUGAUUGUGACUUUGUCUCAUAACAUAGCGAGAGUCGCACUGACUGCUAUUGCCCGCAGUGAGGAAAAUCCCCAGGAAGGGUACUGUUGUUCUGAGAUGAUGGGAAUGGCCAGCGUCUAAGAUUCUGGGCCUUGGUGAAGCCAGGCGAGCACAUCCAUGCUUCUCUUAUUCUCCCAGUUUUACUGCUUUUAUUGAGGUUCGGGGGUGGGGGGUAUGCACAGUGUGACCUGCCAGCCCUUCCUCAGGCCCGCCAAUGUCCUACUGAUGCGGAUGGGUCCAGUUUAGCUGCAAAGAGUAUCAGACUGGAGACGUGGUGCAAAACGGGACUCUUUUUCGCAUUCGCUGCACUUUUCAUUCACCGCCUGUCCCCAGGGCCUGCUUCAGUGCCCGCUGCACCGGAGGCACUCGGCACACUUUUAAAAAUGAACGAGUGAAUGGGCCAAGGAGCACAUGAGAAAGUCUCACACCGAGAAAGGUGGUGUCCAGUGAGCAGAAAACAGGGUUAACAUCACUGUCUCCCAACCACUGCUUCUCUGUUCUCAAGCCACCCGCUAGGGUCGGAGCACAGUCCGCACGUCUGGGCAGUCGCAGGACACGCCGUAGUGAGGUUGUCGUGUCCUCUGGCUGGGGUGGAAUAUGCCCACCAAAGGUACUCAUCUUUCGCCAGUAUUCCCCAGUCUAUCUAUUCUUCUUAGGACACUAUAAAGAGAAACUACCAAAUAAUAUGACAUAGGUCUCAGUAUAGCCGUCUUCCAAUUCAGUAACUGUAUUUUCUGGUCGCUACUAACUUGGAUUGUAUUAAAAUAGGAUGACUGGAAGGAAAUGGUGCUAGAACUAAUGACACCUAUUACCAGCCGAUACCCCACUCCCGGCUUGGCAGACAGCCGGUCAGAAUGCUGUCACCUCUCUCUCACUUCCAAGCCUGUGGCAGAUUUAUGAACUGAGUCCAGAUGCUCCUCCUAAUCCCAGGGCUGUAGGUUGCCACUAAUACUGUGAGAUUGGAGGCAGCACUAGGUGACACCUCUGUCCUCCCUGCGGUCCCCACUCCAGCUCCUGCUGUGUACAGUGUCCACGUUCGGCAUUCAGGAUUUAAAAAGCAUUUUAAAGAUUGAUUUUCUGUAAAACUUCUGCUGGGAUUUAAUUUUAUUCACAAUAGAAUGCGUCUCAUUUAAUUUUUUUCUUCUGUACUAGACUGAGCAGAUUCAUAUGUGGUCAUUAAAAGUAUUAAUGUUUUUUUCUUUCUGAAUUUGUUUAUUGUUAAAGCAGGGUUUUGUUUCUUUUAUUGUUUUUCU